AUGGCUAAGGAAUGCGGUGAGCAGGCGCUUGCUAUCAGCACAGAUGCCAAUCAGCACCUUGGUGAGUAUGCAAAGGCAAAGGAGUUUUGGAAUAAAGGACUUGAAAUCGCCAGAGAUAUUGGCGAUACUCUGAAUGAGUCAAAUAUCAUUGCUAGUUUUGCAUCUGUGGAGCAAACUAUUGGCGAGUAUGAUAAUGCAAAAGCUCGGUUUGAGGAGGCGCUUCGUAUCAGCGAGGAAGACGAAGACCUCAGGGGAAAGGUAUCUCUGAUCAGCAAUCUCGGACAAAUUGCAAAUUCUCUUGGUGAUAUACCUAAGGCCAAGGACCUGUUCGAAAGAUCCUUGCAAACUUUGAAACAAAUUGGAUCGAAAGUAGGAGAGAGCACUGCUUUGUCAAACCUUGGAAUGCUUUAUAAUUCACUGGGUGAAUAUUGUAAGGCGAUAGAAUACAACGAACAGGCUCUUGCCAUUUCAUGGGAAAUAAAAGACAGAGAGGGAGAAAUGAUAAUAAACAACAACUUGGGACAGCUUUACUUGUUGCAGAAAGAAUUUAAGAAAGCUUCUGAUUAUUUUAGUCCGUCACUUUCAAUCUCUCACUUAAUAAGUAACUAA